UCCCCCCCUCACAAGUCGCCUCCUCCUCCCCGAAAUCCCCUCGCGCACCAGAGAAACCAGAGGGCACCACCACCACCACCACCGCGCGCGCGGCGAAUUCGGCGAGCUCGUGGGGGGCGCGGGGACUCGCGCUCGCGUUGUGGUGGUGGGGAAGAGAUCCGGGCGUCGCCGACGCCGGUGGGGGUGGCGGUCGGAUUCGGCGGCGGGAAGACCCGAGGGUGGGGGCGGGGGCGGCCGAGCCCGCCCGUCCGUCCUGGAUUCCCUGGCCGCGGCGCCGAUUCGGGCGCGGGAGCUCCAGUCCGGUAUUAUGGUGAUGAAGAUGGAGGCUGAGGAGGAUGGCGCCAAUGGUGGAACUGGUGGGACAUGGACUGAGGAGGACCGAGCCCUCAGCGCCAGUGUGCUUGGAACAGAUGCUUUUGCUUACUUGACAAAAGGAGGUGGUGCCAUAUCUGAAGGUCUGGUUGCUGCAUCUUUGCCUGUGGACUUGCAAAACAGACUCCAGGAGCUUGUUGAAUCAGAGCGUCCUGGCGUUGGUUGGAAUUAUGCCAUAUUCUGGCAGCUGUCACGCACUAAGUCUGGUGACCUUGUCCUUGGUUGGGGGGAUGGCUCUUGUCGUGAGCCUCGUGAUGGUGAGGUGGGAGCCGCUGCUUCCGCAGAUAACGAUGAGGCCAAACAGAGGAUGCGCAAGCGCGUGCUGCAGCGGUUACACUCAGCAUUUGGGGGUGUUGAUGAGGAGGAUUAUGCCCCAGGCAUUGAUCAGGUGACAGAUACUGAGAUGUUUUUUCUAGCAUCUAUGUACUUUGCAUUUCCACGUCGUGCUGGUGGACCUGGCCAAGUAUUUGCAGCAGGUGUGCCCCUCUGGAUUCCCAAUACUGAACGUAGCGUAUUCCCUGCCAAUUAUUGUUACCGAGGACACCUUGCAAAUGCUGCAGGAUUUAGAACUAUUGUCCUAGUUCCAUUUGAGACUGGUGUGCUUGAGCUGGGUUCAAUGCAGCAAGUGGCAGAGAGUUCUGACACUCUCCAGACCAUAAGGUCUGUGUUUGCUGGGGCAAUCGGCAAUAAAGCUGGAGUUCAGAGACAUGAAGGGAAUGGUCCUGCAGAUAAGUCACCAGGUUUGGCAAAGAUUUUUGGAAAAGAUCUAAACCUUGGCAGGCCUUCAGCAGGCCCAGGAGCUGGCGUGUCAAAGGCAGAUGAAAGGUCGUGGGAACAAAGGAUUGCUGCUGGUGGGAGCUCAUUGCUUCCCAAUGUCCAGAGAGGUCUGCAGAAUUUCACGUGGAGUCAGGCUCGGGGGCUGAAUUCUCAUCAGCAGAAGUUUGGCAAUGGUUUAUUGAUUGUGAGUAAUGAAGCCACACCGCGCAACAAUGGAGUUGUGGAAAGCCCUACUGCAACACAAUUUCAGCUUCAGAAAGCACCGCCACUUCAGAAACUACCAAAACUCCAGAAACCACAGCAGCUAGUAAAGCCACAACAACUAGUGAGUCAGCAACAGUUGCAACCUCAGGCGCCCAGGCAAAUAGAUUUUAGUGCAGGGAGCAGUUCCAAACCUGGUGUUUUGACUAAAAGACCAGCUGGUAUUGAUGGGGAGAGUGCAGAGGUGGAUGGGUUGUGUAAAGAUGAAGGUCCGCCGCCUGCUAUAGAAGACCGGCGGCCUAGGAAGAGGGGACGAAAGCCUGCAAACGGGAGGGAAGAGCCACUAAAUCAUGUUGAGGCUGAGCGCCAAAGGAGGGAGAAGCUCAACCAGCGAUUCUACGCGCUGAGAGCGGUUGUGCCCAACAUAUCGAAAAUGGACAAGGCGUCCUUGCUGGGUGACGCGAUAACAUACAUCACUGACCUACAGAAAAAGCUCAAAGAGAUGGAGGCGGAGCGAGAAAGGUUUCUCGAAUCUGGAAUGGUAGAUCCGAGGGAGCGAACACCUCGACCAGAGGUGGACAUCCAGGUGGUGCAGGAUGAGGUUCUGGUCCGAGUGAUGAGCCCCAUGGAAAACCAUCCAGUGAAGACGGUCUUCCAAGCUUUUGAAGAAGCAGAAGUCCAUGCAGGGGAGUCGAAAAUCACAAGCAACAACGGCACAGCCGUGCAUUCUUUCAUCAUCAAAUGCCCUGGCGCCGAGCAGCAAACGAGGGAGAAGGUGAUCGCCGCCGUGUCCCGCGCGAUGAGCUCAGGUUAGAAUCAGUGGAGGUGUGGGCGCCACCAUUAGAGAGGCAGCUUUACUUCGGUCGCUGGUUGCAGACAAGCAGCCGCCGUUGGGCGGACACCCCCACCUUCUCAGUGUUGUUGAUAGAAGUUGUAGGCAGAGAAAGAAAGCUCAGGUUCUGACUUAGCGAUGCAAGGGGAAGACAAUGCUCAAGUGAAAACUGCCAUUGUUGUAUGGUAGGUUCUUGUGGUCGGUGUAGUUUUUCUUUUUUUUUGUUUUUGUUGUUUAUUGGGAAGAAUACCAUGUUCUUAGUUUAUUGCUUGUGGUAGAACCAUAAACAGUACAUCUCGUCAAAUGCAUGAGUUGAGAAAAAAAAUCACCUGCUUUUCUG